AUGUCCAGUGAAAGGCAACCAUUAUUGGAAUCCGAUCAACAUGCCCGUCUCAUUUCGGAUCUACCCGUCUUUCCUGACAAUCUACCAGGUGCGACCUAUGGGAAAAAGAUCAGCUGGACCAGCGCCUACAUCCUUGUUGUUUCACGGGUGAUCGGGAGCGGCAUCUUCGCUACUCCUGGUUCGAUCGUGAAAUCCGCGGGUAGUGUGGGAUUGACACUUCUUGUCUGGCUUGUUGGUACCAUUCUAUCAGCAUGUGGCAUGUCGGUAUCGAUGGAGUAUGGCUGCAUGCUACCCCGAUCUGGAGGAGAUAAGGUAUACCUUGAGUAUGCUUAUCGCUGGCCGAGAUUUCUCGCGUCAACCGUGAUCGCGGUACAUGCAGUAGUCUUGGGCUUUACGGUAAGCAAUUGCAUCGUUUUCGCCAAGUAUACAUUAUUUGCGUUAUCCAUCAACCCGACCGAUCUUCAAUACAAGACUUUGGCGAUCGGUCUUUUAACUGUCAUUACAAUAAUUCACGGCUUCUUCUUCAGAGCUGGUAUCCUCAUCCAAAAUGCGCUUGGAUGGGUUAAGAUAUUUUUGAUCGGCGCCAUGUCUUUAACGGGAGUCUGGGUACUACUUCUACAGUUCUUCGGGAGUGUUAAUACUUCACCCGGGGCUGCGCGAUCAAGUGGUGCCUCAUGGGAUACACUAUGGGAGGGGUCUAACUGGAGUUGGAGUUUACUGUCAACAGCGCUGUUCAAGGUCGUUUAUUCUUAUGCUGGACUUAGCAACAUCAACAAUGUGCUCAAUGAGGUGCAAGAUCCUGUUCGAACGAUCCGAACUGUGUGCCCGUCAGCCUUGUUUACAGCCGGCGUUCUCUAUCUUUUGGCCAAUCUAUCUUAUCUUCUGGUUGUUCCUUUGGAUGAGAUUAAGAACAGCGGAGAACUGGUAGGCGCACUCUUGUUUGAGCGGCUGUUUGGUACCAUCGGAAGCACUCUCUUCCCACUAGCCAUUGCAAUCUCAGCCGCAGGCAAUGUGAUGGUAGUGACAUUUGCUCUAGCGCGAGUCAAUCAAGAAAUAGCCCGACAAGGUUUCUUGCCAUGGCAAAACCUGCUAUCGUCUUCGAGUCCAUUCGGCACUCCUCUUGGUGGUCUGAUUGUGCACUACAUUCCUUCUCUCCUAGUCAUCGCCCUACCACCACAACAAGAUAUCUAUAACUUCAUCCUCGAUGUAGAAGGGUAUCCUGGUAACGUUCUUGCUCUCGCCAUUACCGUUGGUCUAUUAAUACUACGGUACAAGGAGCCAGAUCUUCCGCGCCCGUUCAAGGCAUGGCUUCCGGCUGUUUGGCUACGAGUUGUAGUUUGUAUUGCGCUACUAGUGACACCUUUCAUUCCACCCCCUGGUGGACAAGGCGAUGUCCACUUCUUCUAUGCGACAUAUGCUAUUGUCGGUAUCGGCAUACUUCUCUUUGCCGUUGGUUAUUGGUAUGUCUGGACGAUAGUUUUGCCUUGGAGAGGAGGAUAUAGAUUGGAGGAAGCUGUGGAGACACUUAAUGACGGUACAACAGUCACUCGGCUUGUUCGCACAUUUCCCUCCCUUCAAAGGGGUCAAAUACAUUGA